AUGGAGGAAAACAGUGAACAAGAAUGCACACCGACCAAGGAAAAGCAAAUGUACAUAUUCAACGAGCAGACAAAUUACGUUUCGACUCGCAAGAUUAUAACGAUCUUCUUAGCAUGCGCCAGCGUCGACCUGGUUGCUCUAAUGGACCAGACAACUCUGGCAGCAAGUUUGUCGAUUAUAGGAGAUGAUUUGAAUGCUGGUAUCCAGACAAGUUGGAUAGCUGGUGGUUUCUUCCUGACCUCUACCUGCUUUCAGCUGGUAUACGGACGCCUUUCCGACAUUUGGUCUCGGAAAGUCGUAUUGUACGUUGGGUUAGCGAUCUUCUUCUUUGGAUCCCUAGCUUCUUCCCUGGCUCAAACCGCUAUUCAGCUGAUUAUCUUUCGCGCCUUCACUGGAAUUGGUGGAGGCGGACUCGCCAACGUCGCCCAAAUGAUUGUCAGUGAUGUGGUACCACUGAGAGAACGAGGCAAGUACCAGGGAAUUCUGGGAGCAGUCGUCGCUUUAGCAAACGGCAUCGGGCCUGUCAUUGGAGGUGCCCUAUCUUCAAUGUCGCAGGAUUCGUGGAGGUGGAUUUUCCGCCUUAACCUCCCCCUUACAAUAAUCACAACCCUUUGCGUCUUAUUCUUCAUGCCUCUUCGGAAAGUUGACGGCGACUGGAAAACCAAGGUAAAAGCUAUUGAUUUCGUCGGGGUUUUCCUGGCCCUUUCUGGGGCUACCGUCUUCCUCCUUGGACUAAUAUGGGGAGGAGGUGAGUAUGCAUGGAAUUCAGCCCAUGUGAUUUCUACGAUCACUGUAGGUUUUGCUGUUUGUGUGUGCUUCGUUUUAUGGCAGUGGAAGGGGGCAAACUACCCCCUUGUGCCAAUGGAUAUCUUCCGUGUGAAGAUAGUAAACGGUGCAUGUCUGACUAUGCUCAUCAACGGAUGGAAUUUCGUUGUGCAAAUUUAUUAUAUCCCGACUUUCUAUCAACUUGUGCACGGAUACUCGGCUUCCAAAUCAGGAGCUCUCCUGUUACCCAUUAUUCUGAUCCAAACAUUGUUUAGCACUUUAUCGGGCCUUGUUGUCCACCGUGUUGGCCGAUAUCGAGAAUGCAUCCUAUUUGGAUGGCUUGCCUGGACAAUUGGACUGGGGCUAUUUUCCACACUUGAUACAUCAUCAGGGAUUGGCAAAGAGGUUGGGUAUGGCAUACUCACUGGUGUGGGAGUUGGAAACACACUGCAACCGUCCUUGGUUGCUAUUCAAGCCGGUGUCCCCAGGAGGGAUAUGGCAGUUGUGACGUCGUUCCGCAAGAAUAACAUCGUCUUAUCCUCGCUCUCAUCCCUUCUCCUCUCAGAGACCGAGACAAAAGAGAUAACACAAAGCCCUAGCCACUACCUAGCAAAGCAGAGCCCAGAGGAAGUCGAGAGAAUUCGUUCUGUCCUUAUUCCAGCGUACCAGAAGGGGUUCCGGGUGAUUUUCAUACUGUGUUCGGCCCUUGCUGGCUUGGCCUUCAUUCUUGCAUUUUUUCUUAUGCCUCAUAUCUCCCUGAAGAGAGAUGAUGACAAGAAGCUAAAGGAAGAAGCCAGGUCAAGGAAGAAAACCAAUGGUGCACCUGGUUGCGAAGAGUUACAGCAAAGAUAA